GCACUUCCGACAGCAGCCGGUGUUAGGUCGGUUCCGGUUGUAGCAGCGUGCUCGCGUGCUGGUGUUUCUUUUGGACUGCUUUUGGUGGCACGUUUCUUUCCCGGGUGUUUUGCUUGUGAGUGGGCUAAAUGGCAGGUGUGAACGCUGAUUCUAUCAACACUGAUUUGGAGGCCAUGCUGCGUGAGAACUCCGAUCUCUCACCCGCAGUGGCUUCGUUGCAGCUGCUGCUCGAGUUCAUCGAGAAGGACGACUACACGACCAUUCCAAGGCAUGGAAGAAAACCUUCAGCAUGUUAUCAGUGACAUUUGUACUGCGAAGUGUUCGAUCACGUGCGUCAGGUCUGCGUGCGAGUUGUUUGUGCGUUUUGCUACGCUCACCGCGCUCGAUGGCACCAUUGACGAAUGCAAGAAAAACAUGUCCACUCGAGGCCGAACUUUCUUGGAGAAGAUGCGCGCGGCACGCUCCAAAAUUGCGGCGCUAGCGGCCCCUUUUGUCCAGGACCGCUCUACGAUCCUGACGCAUUCCUUCUCACGUGUCGUGCGUGACACGCUGUUCGCUGCGGCAGAGGACCACAAGCACUUCACUGUGUACGUGACCGAAUCAGCGCCCGACUACACUGGCCGGCAGUUAUACGAGGCACUUGAGGAGAGAGGCAUCAGUGUGACGCUGAUUGUCGACUCUGCGGUCGGCUACAUUCUGGAAAAAGUGGACAUGGUCCUUCUGGGAGCAGAGGGCGUUGUUGAAAGCGGCGGUAUCAUCAACAAAAUUGGCACCUACACGAUGGCCAUGUGUGCCAAGGAAAAGAACAUCCCCAUUUACGUGCUCGCCGAGAGCUUCAAGUUUGCCAGAAAGUAUCCUUUGAACCAGAAGGAUCUGCCUGAUGAGCAGAAGUACCCGUCGGACAAGCGUAACGGCAAGACUGAUCUUUCCAAGGAGCAUCCCAUGAUUGACUACACGCCACCUGCGUACAUCACUCUGCUGUUCACGGACCUUGGAAUUUUAACACCGUCAGCGGUUAGCGAUGAACUUAUAAAGUUGUAUUUGUGAAAGUGCGCGACAUCAGUCAGCAGCCGCCAUAAUUAAACUAAUUUUCACCCAUAGCAGGCAAUGCUACAAAGGCUAGACUUCUCACUGCUCGUACAGGUGAGGGAUGUGUCAUGUAAUUCGAUGUGCAAAUAAGUCUCAAUAAGUCUCAUACUUUUAUGCCGCAGAAUAGGGCGUAUUUAUUAUAUAGAAGGCGUUGCAGAUCUGAACCUAUUUGCGACCGAACGAGCGGUGUGGCACAUUUUUGCGACCAGUGCUCACAUAGGAGCACUUGAGGUCGCGACAAAAGCAGAGUACUAUGCAGAUAGCAGAACGUCGCAUACUGGCAGCACAAAUGUGCACAAUACGAGAUUUGACGUAACCUUGCGUCCACAAGUCGCAGUUGUAAGUAGUCAUUUCGUAGAAAGCGUCGCAAAAGAAUAAAAGUCAGUUUCGCCCGGAGGGGGAAGCAUUUAGCUUCUCGCACGGUCGCGCAGGCGUUGCACCUGACGGCGCACCACACCGACCAGCGCUAGCCACUGUACCAACGCCUCCUCUGUAGAGGAGGCGCUGCACCGACGGAUAGCCCUCCACGCACAUGCGCCGUAGAUACUAGGACAGCAAGGCGGCGGUGCAAACGCGCCUCGAGUGUCCGUGUAAUUGCUAUCGCAAUAGAACUCCUGGAACCACUGCAUACGACUGUACUUCGAAACGCACGGACUGAUACUUCUGUGACCGCACUAUAUGCGUAGCCUUCGCGGCGUAGCCUGCUAUGUAUGAACCAUUUUGGUCGGAAAGGUGACGUAGUACGUCAUCGCCUUCAGAUCAGCGUCAUGCUCGAUGAAGUACACUACGAAAAGCCUUCUCGUAGCCGCUACUCAAAGAGAGAUGACGAGCACCAAUCGAGCGGUCAAAUCUGGGCCUCCUUUGUGCCCGAGUACCUCGGUCCCUGUACGCAAUUUGGUUAACGGCGAUCUAGCAGACAGCUCCUCUAGCGACCUUCCAAGCCAGCACCCUAAUUCCCCGGUGCCUUAUUCUACGCCAGUACGUCUAUGCGCGAGAUUUCAGAAUUGACUGCGCAUAUGUCUCGGUCGGAUAAAGAGAACUGCUGAUUUGCUGACAGUAGGCGUCGAAAUCUGUUUCUUCAUUGCACAGUUGAAAAGAAAAAACAAUGCAACGAAGUCGUGUGAAGUUGAAAUAAAUAUAUGCGUUGUUACUGCGAA